CGAGGCCACGCCAUGCGGUGAGCGCCCCCGGCCGGCCAGACCCCACCCUACCGACGCCCGGACCCGCCGACACCCCGAGACUCGCCGACACCCCGAGACUCGCCGACACCCCGGACGCGCUGCCGCUCAAGAUGCCCAGAGGCUGCGCCCUCCUGCUCGCCUCCCUGCUCCUCGCCGCGACCCUUUCAGCCACCCUGGGGCUCGGGUCACCGGUGAAGGAAAAGAGAGGCUGGACCCUGAACAGCGCUGGCUACCUUCUUGGUCCACAUGCCAUCGAUAACCACAGGUCAUUUCAUGACAAGCAUGGCCUCGCUGGCAAGCGGGAACUCCAGCCUGAAGACGACUCGAGGCCAGGAAGCCAUGACAGGCCACUGCCCGAGAACGAUGUUGUGCGCACGAUAAUCGACUUUCUGACUUUCUUGCAUCUUAAAGAGGCCGGGGCCCUGGAGCGCCUGCCCGCUCUCCCACCGGCCAUUUCCUCAGAAGACACGGAGCAGUCCUGAGGAAGCUGGCGGGCAUGAGAAUCUGCGUGUUGUCAUUUAAAGUCAAACUUGAAGAUGAUGGCUAAUCUGUGCCAUCUGACACAGGGAAACCAUUCCUAUCGUCUCUGCUCGCAUGUUGUGUUGUUAUCAUGUAAGGUGUUUUUCCUUUGGUCAUUAUUUGAUUUUGAGUGGCAAAAUAAAAAAUAGCAACUGCU